UCAGAGCUGUCAGCGCCGCCGCACCAGCUCAGCUCCAGCCGUGUCAUGUCCCCACAAACCCGCCCCGCUGCAGCAUAGCACCGCCAGCUGGUCCUGUUUCCUCCAGUCGUCCGUCUUUGGGGAGAUUCAGAGCAUCUAAAUCCGGCGGAGAGCAGAAGAGUGAGAUGAAAUGACAACGUCAACAUUACAGAAAGCGAUUGAUCUUGUCACCAAAGCCACAGAGGAGGACAAGGCAAAAAAUUAUGAAGAGGCUUUGCGUCUGUACCAGCAUGCCGUGGAAUAUUUCCUACAUGCCAUCAAAUAUGAGGCCCACAGCGACAAAGCGAAGGAGAGCAUACGAGCAAAGUGCAUGCAGUACUUGGACAGGGCUGAGAAACUUAAAGACUAUCUGAAGAAUAAAGACAAACAAGGCAAGAAGCCCGUCAAGGAGGCACAAAGCAAUGACAAGAGUGACAGUGAUAGUGAGGGUGAAAACCCAGAGAAGAAGAAGCUGCAGGAGCAACUUAUGGGUGCUAUCGUAAUGGAAAAACCCAACGUUAGGUGGAAUGAUGUUGCUGGACUAGAAGGAGCUAAGGAAGCUUUGAAAGAAGCCGUCAUCCUGCCCAUUAAGUUCCCUCACCUGUUCACAGGCAAGAGGACUCCGUGGAGAGGUAUCCUGCUGUUUGGUCCUCCAGGGACGGGGAAGUCGUACCUGGCCAAGGCUGUGGCCACCGAGGCCAACAACUCCACCUUCUUCUCUGUAUCCUCCUCAGAUCUCAUGUCCAAGUGGCUGGGCGAGAGCGAGAAGCUGGUGAAAAACCUGUUUGACCUCGCUCGCCAGCACAAACCCUCGAUCAUCUUCAUCGACGAGGUGGACUCGCUGUGUGGCUCCAGGAAUGAGAACGAGAGUGAGGCCGCCCGCCGCAUCAAGACUGAGUUUCUGGUCCAGAUGCAGGGUGUGGGUAACAACAAUGAUGGUAUUUUGGUGCUCGGUGCCACCAACAUCCCCUGGGUGCUCGACGCUGCCAUUCGCAGAAGGUUUGAGAAGCGCAUCUACAUCCCUCUGCCGGAAGAGCCUGCUCGAGCUCAGAUGUUUCGACUGCAUCUGGGCAACACGCCACACAGCCUGACGGAGCCCGACCUGCGGCAGCUCGCGCGCAAAACAGACGGCUACUCGGGCGCCGACAUCAGCAUCAUCGUUCGAGACGCUCUCAUGCAGCCCGUCAGGAAGGUCCAGUCCGCCACACACUUCAAAAAGGUUUGUGGUCCAUCUCGAAGCAACAAUCAGAUGAUGGUAGAUGACCUCUUGACCCCAUGUUCCCCCGGCGACCCUGCAGCCGUAGAGAUGACCUGGAUUGACGUGCCUAGCGAUAAGCUAUUGGAGCCUAUAGUCUGCAUGUCGGACAUGCUGCGCUCUCUGUCCACCACCCGUCCCACUGUCAACACUGAAGACCUGCUUAAGGUCAAGAAGUUCACAGAAGACUUCGGGAUGGAGGGUUGAAGGACGGGAGGCAGCGUUUUGCCUCGUCCACCAGAAGGGUCAAACUGCUCCCGUUAACAACACCCCCCCCCCCCCGCGCUUCCCAGCUAAGCUCUUGGUUUUUUCUGCCUCAUCGAUGUAAGAUAAAUGACUGGUCUGACAUCUGUUUUGGACUUUCUACUCACCAAAGCCAGUAUUUUAGAAUCCCUGAAGGACUUCGGCCGAAUGCCACAUUAGAAGAGCCGUGUGAUUUGGUAGCUGGACAGCAGGUCCCAAGUCCCCCCCCCCCAUUUCAGACGAUGUUCCUCAAGAAAAUCUUCACUACAUGAACUCCUCGCUGCGUUUUACAUGUGGAAAAGCUUAAGUUUACCCCUCGCUGAGCCGAUCCUGUCUGUCUCUGACUGAAAGACUGUACGUUAAUUUAUUUUUUUUUUAUUUUGCCGUUGUGCACUUUUGCUUUGGAUCCCAAUGAAGGAGACGGACUUUUGAAGAAGAAAAACAAGAAACAAGUUCCUGCCAGGCAUGCAAGUGUGUGAAUGCAUCAAAGUGUUUUUAAUUAAAUUUGUGUUUUAAUGUUCAUGUCUAAAUGUUAAGAACCUGUUAUUUUGUUAUUUAACGAAGAGUUGAUUUAAGUGUGUUUGGAUCAGGCUUGUAUCUCCAUCCGUGUGAACUACAGCAUUUACAGUACCAGAGAUGUGCUUGACUGUUAACCCAAUCAGAAAUUCUUUUUAUUUAAAAUCCUAAAAUGUGGGAGUUCAUCAGUAUUUCCAGAGAAAGUAAAGAAAAAUAGCUUUUGCAAAAAUGUGUAGUGGAAUUGGCGCAAGUUGAAGUUCACGUUAAUUCUCAGCAGAUGAAAUGGAAUGUUUCUUUACUUUUUUCUUAGAAAUUGAAAAUUGUUUAAAAUUUUAGCUUUUACAUCAUGUUAUAGCAUCAUCUUCUGCAAUGUUUUUAAUGGUCCCAGCUUUUGUCGCUGGAUCUGGAGUCGGUUUAUUGAAGUAAUCCGAAACGGAGAAUCACUCAAGCACAUCUCUUGUUCCUCCUGCACAUGUAACAGAACAUUAUUACUCAAUAAUCACACUUUACACGUAACAGAUACAUGUUAACACUGGAAAUAUUACCUCUCUUUCGAGGAUGGAGCUGCAGUGAAAGGCCUGAUGUUUGUGAUUUUGGAAGGUCAAUGUACACUAACAUCCCCUCUGAGACUGACACCAAUGUUCAGCGCUGUAGUCCAGAUUUCAGCUGACAGGGUUGGUGGAGAGCUGUCGGAUGUAUCCUCGGUACCAAAUCUGGCGCCGCUCACGACUACAGGCUGGUCUGGCUGACUGAGACUCAGUUUACUCUUGUACAAAUGUGCGUUCGUGAAGGUACUGUUGGUCCAGUGGAAGCUCCGCUAUUAACGACCCCCGUGUGGGAACUUAACUUACCACUGACCGUGUAACCAUUACUACUAAUUUAACCCUAAAUUAAUAAAAACUGACAUUUCAAAUGAAAGCACUGCACCGAUGCUGGUUUUAUGUAUUUUUCAUUCUGAUGGUUUAGGUGAAAAAUAAACUGUUUAAAUGUUUAGGGUGUCAGCGCAGCGUAACCCCAACACUGUUUUUGAGGAUCGUCUGUGAGCAUUUCCUCCAGAGUGACAGUGGUUUGUGUGAAGAGCAGUUUUUUGCUGUUGUGAUGGAGUACACGUGGUACACUUCCAUUAAAGAAAGAAAAACCAUCAACAGUCACUGAAAUAACUUGAAACUGGCAAAAUGAAAGCAAUUAAUAAUUUACUCUACAGUGACUUAUGAAGACCAGACAUUGCUUUUUAAUCGUGGUUCAACAGAAUCAUGAGAAUAAAUUGGCUGCCUGGACAAAAAUGAUGGGAACUGUAAUAUUUAGUCAUCACUCCUCCGGAUCAAACUGCUCCGGAUGUCUCAGCUUUGGCUUUGUCUCAGCUCUUUUCACAGACGUUCAGGAGUAUUUAGAUCAGGACACUUCAGAAUAGUCCAAUGUUUUGUUCUUAAGUCAUUAUGUUUUUUUUAACCUUUAACCCAGUUUUGGGUCAUUUAUCCUGUUGGACGACCUAUAACCUGUAAUUGAGACCAAGCUUUCUAACAUUGGGCAGCACAUUCAUCUCAUGACUGUUCUGAUAGUCUCUAGAGUUUAUUAUACCUGCACACAUUCAAAAACACCCGGCGUCGGAACAUAACCGAGCCUUCCUUUCUUUGAAUGCUUCAUUUUUGCGUCUGAACAUAGAGCUCAUGUGACUCAAAGGUCUGUUUUUGUCUCAUCUGAAUCCCCUGAACAUCAUCGUACCAAACAGUAGAGUGACUACUUUUUAAAUAGGCAGACUGACUGUAAAACUAUUUUCUUAGGAUACCACCUCAUUUAUCUGGGCCAGUUUUAUUUAUUCAUUGUUUGAACAAAUUCAAAAGCAAUGUCUUGAUUUUCAUUAGUCAAUUAAAAAUAAAAGCAAAGGAAUCCAGGGGUAAAGUAAUUUGCCACAAGGGUAAAUACAUCAGUAUUCAUGGUUAGUUGAGGAUCUAACCUGGAAGUUUAUUUAGUACCCAGCACUUGGAUUGAACCCAAAGAUGCUUUACAUUGAUCCAGAUGGAGAACCGGAGCAUCUUCUGAUGUGCGACAAACAUCUCAGAAGACAUCAAACCCCAUCUCAUGCAUUUUAACUGGGGGGUCUGCCAGUGAUACAAUAGCUGCAAAAAUGUAUAGAGUAAAAUCCAGACUCUGCAUUCAAAGGAGAAAAUGAGGUCGUUGUUUGUAAAUCUCAUGAUUUCAGAGGAAAGAUAAUUUACCUUCGCCAAACUUUCAGGCAGUGAGAGAUAUUAAUUAGCAAAGUAGAUUGUGUUAUCAGCACUCAUAUCGCAGUUCAAUGGUUUUUCUAUGUCACUUGCUUAAAUAUCAACUUCACUGCUUCUAAGAAACCAUAACAUUCUAUUCAUUAAAAAUACACUUUUCUUUGAAUUUGGGGACAUAAACCACAUUUAAAUGAGCUAUUACAUCAUUUUUGUUACCAUCAGUAAAUGACUGACAUCAAAGAAAACCUGGCGAUUAAACAAAAAUUAGAUUUUCUUUUACGUGAAUCUAAACAGGUUUGUGACCAUUACGGAUUGUGUUGCCCUGUAAUUGUGUUGCUCUGUGUUCUUGUAUUAUAUUAACUUUUCAAUUAUUUUAAUAUGUUAAAUGACAUUUUGUAUGGAUAUAUAUGGUAAACGGGUAAAUAAUAAGUUAAGAAACAAAAUAUGUACAGUAUAAUUGAAUAUUUAGUUGUUUUGAGAUGAUUUAAGAACCGCGAUGUUACUUCCGGUUUGGUUCCGGUCAGACCAGCCGUUAUUUUCCUGCUCCAUCUUCUUCUCACCAUUUCAGUUGUGUACAAGCAAUGCUGUAAGUUAAGUUCGAUAUAUCAGAUAAUUAUUUUUGUAUCUUUGUUGCUAAUGUUGCUUCUUUGUGUAUUUGAUUUGAGCAUUGUUAGCAUAAAAAAACGAUCUUUUAGCUAGCCAUUAGCAUUGGUUCAUCUUAUAAUUUAAUUCUGUAUGUUUCUGUUGCAGUUUUUACCAC